AUGAUUGUGACGGAUGCUCGAUUCCAUGAACAAGACCAUAAAAUCCACAUCAAGCUUCGAUGUGGUGUACUCCAGAACGGUACAAUUGAUCCAUAUACUUUAAGAUGGACUGAAGACAAUGAACGCUUCUCAGAGAUCAAACCUCGAGAAUAUGUUGUGUUGAGUUCAAAGUUGAAAUCCUUCAAUCUCGACGAUGUUGUGGUUCCUAACGGAGUAUUAGUCACAGGAGCUGGGUUCAAAGUUGUUGAUGAUCAUUUUAUUUCGUUGGUGGUCAAAGGAAAUAACAUCAAUAAUUACAACCAUGGAAACACAUUUGGUGCUGAUGAUUUAUACUCGGCUCCGAAGUCUGGAAAACCAAGGAAAGGCAUAGACCUCAGUUUUAUUGAAAGACCGCCGAGAAUCAUGGGUCAAACUCACGAAAUGAGUAAAGCAGGAGAAAAUUACAUCAAUUUGACUCUCUCCAAAUGGUCUGAUGAGUAUAAUAAUGAAGCAAUAGUGCCAUAUUUCGACAUGACUCCAUAUGGGCCGAAAUAUGGGCUUCCUUCAGCGGUAACACCCCUGGGUGGACUUGGAUUGUUCUACAAGAGUUUGCCGGGUUACACUGGAUUCUUGGCCUUCAAACAUCUUUCUCCAAUGUACGUUUACUACGUUGACAACGAAGAGACAUUAAAGUCGUCUCUAAAGACAGCUGAAGAGCCAAAUAAUGAAUGGGACUAUAGAUAA